AUGUCUGACGCAGGAGGGUACGUAUUUUCAAAAUAAAAUUAUGAAAAUUAGCACCGAGAUCAAGAGAGAAGUUUGUCAUCAAAUUUCUCUAGUUUGUGGAGUGCAAGAAAAAUAGUUCUACUGCCACACGGGUACUGGCCAAUAAGCUGUACUGGUUCCAAAGUUGUUCGAACAAUUCUUGAUUGAAAACGGAAGUUCUGACUGUAAAAAGAUAUUUUCAGAGAUGUUCAAGUGGCCCCAGCCAUCGCUCAGGGACCAAUGGACAAGGAUUCUGCUCUGAGAGCUGUUCUUCGUUCGGCUCACCACGCUGACGGACUCGCCAAGGGACUCCACGAGACCUGCAAGGCUCUUGACAAGUGAGUACAUCUUUUGUAUUCUAAAUUUUUGGUUAGUUCCACUUAUUAAAAUAAUUUUUCGCUGAUUUCUGAAAGUCAUGUGAACCGAAUAAGCUGGUAGAUAAGUUGUUUCUCUGCCACACGUGUACUAGCUUCAAGCGGUAUGGGUUCCAAUGAUUUACGAACAUUUUUCAGGCGUGAGGCUCACUUCUGCGUCCUCGCCGAGAACUGCGAUGAGACUGCCUACGUCAAGCUGGUCGAGACUCUCUGCGCUGAGCACCAGAUCCCACUCAUCAAGGUCGCUGACAAGAAGAUCAUCGGCGAAUACUGCGGACUGUGCAAGUACGAUAAGGAAGGAAAGGCCCGCAAGGUCGUCGGAUGCUCCUCGGCCGUCGUCACCGCCUGGGGAAAUGAAGAGCAGGGACGCGCCAUCCUUACCGAUUACUUCAACUCCAAGAACUGA